CAGCCAUUUCAUCUCCACAGAAACCAGACACAAAAACAUGGCAGAAAUGGAGAAAGAAGGGAGACCUCCGGAAAAUAAAAGGAGCAGGAAGCCGGCUCACCCGGUGAAAAGGGAGAUUAAUGAGGAAAUGAAGAACUUUGCAGAAAACACCAUGAAUGAACUCCUUGGCUGGUACGGCUAUGAUAAGGUUGAAUUAAAAGAUGGCGAAGAUAUUGAAUUCAGGAGCUACCCUACAGAUGGAGAGAGCCGGCAGCACAUUUCUGUUCUCAAAGAAAAUUCUUUGCCAAAACCAAAACUACCUGAGGACAGUGUUAUCUCACCAUACAAUAUAAGCACAGGCUACUCAGGGCUUGCUGCAGGAAAUGGACUCAGUGACUCAUCUGCAGGGUCAAAGGAUCAUGGCAAUGUGCCCAUUAUUGUCCCUUUAAUUCCACCACCUUUCAUAAAGCCACCAGCAGAAGAUGAUGUGUCAAAUGUACAAAUAAUGUGUGCCUGGUGCCAGAAAGUGGGAAUCAAGCGCUAUUCCCUGAGUAUGGGAAGUGAGGUGAAAAGCUUCUGCAGCGAGAAGUGCUUUGCCGCCUGCCGACGAGCCUACUUCAAGAGAAACAAGGCUAGAGAUGAAGAUGGACAUGCUGAAAAUUGUCCCCAGCAGCACUAUGCUAAGGAAACUCCAAGGCUUGCCUUCAAGAAUAACUGCGAACUACUUGUGUGUGACUGGUGUAAGCACAUAAGACACACAAAAGAAUACCUGGAUUUUGGGGACGGGGAGCGGAGGCUUCAGUUCUGCAGCGCCAAGUGUCUCAACCAGUACAAGAUGGACAUCUUCUACAAGGAGACGCAGGCCGCGCUCCCCGCCGGACUGUGCGGCGCCCUCCACGCCCCCGGCGAGAGCAAGGCGGACGGCGCGGCCGUGCAGCUGCUCACCCCCGACUCCUGGAGCCUCCCCCUGGCGGACGCCCGCCGCAAGGCCGCCUCCCCGGUGCCGGUGCCGGUGCCGGUGCCCGCGGCCGGCCAGAGCCAGAGCCAGAGCCAGGGCCCCGGCCCGUCGGCCGCCGCCAGCGCCUCCCCGCCCGACACCGCCGGCUGCUCGGCCGCGAAGAUCCCCGCGCCCGCGCCCGCGCCCGCGCCCGCGCCCGGCAAGGCGCUGCCCCUCGGCGAGCCCGCCAGCCUGCCCCCCGUCUCCGUGCAGCCGCCCGCCGGCCUCGGGCCUCCGCUGGGCGUCCCGCCUCGCAGCCCCCCGAUGGUGAUGACCCACCGCGGCCCGGUGCCGCUGCCCCUCUUCAUGGAGCAGCAGAUCCUGCAGCAGAUCCGCCCGCCCUUCAUCCGCGGGCCGCCGCACCACGCCUCCAACCCCAACAGCCCCCUGCCCAGCGCCAUGCUGCCCGGCCUCGGGCCCCCGCCGCCCGGCGGCCCCCGGAACCUGGGUCCCGCCUCCAGCCCCAUGCACCGGCCCCUGCUGUCGCCCCACAUGCACCCCCCGGGCACCCCGACGCUGGCCGCGAACCCGCCGGGCCUGCUGCCCCCGCCGCCCCCGCCGCCGCCGCCGCCGCCGCCGCCGCCCAGCCUGCCCUUCCCGCCCGUGAGCAUGAUGCCCGGCGGGCCCGUGCCGGUGCCGCAGCUGAUGAACUUCGGGCUGCCGUCGCUCGCCCCGCUGGUGCCGCCGCCCACCCUGCUCGUGCCGUACCCCGUGAUCGUGCCCCUGCCCGUGCCCAUCCCCAUCCCCAUCCCCAUCCCCCACGCCGGCGACGCCAAGCCCCCCGAUGGCUUCUCCAGCCCCGGGGAGAGCUUCGCGGCCGGCGGCGGAGACUCGGCGGCGGCGGCGGCGGCGGCGGCGGCGGGCAAGGCCCUGUCCCCCCGGGACUCGCAGCAGGGCCCGGCCCAGGGCUCCGACUCGCCGCCCGGCUGCUCCGGCCAGGCCUCGCACCUGGCGCCCGCGGGGCUCGGCGGCGGCGGCCGCGGCGGCGGCGGCGGCGGGGACGUGGUGGACCUGACGCGGCGCGCGCCCAGCCCCCCGGGCCCCGGCGAGCCGCGCGGCCCCCCCGACGGCGUCAUCGACCUGACGCUGGGCCACCGCGCGCGGCUGCACCACGUGAUCCAGCGCGCGCUGCACGCGCACGGCCAGGCGGAGCGCGAGCCGGCCGCCGCGGAGCGCAGGACCCGCGGAGGCUGCCGGGACGGCCGCUGCAGCCCGCCCGCCGCCGGCGACCCCAGCCCGGGCGCCCCCGCGGGACCCGAGGCCGCCGCGGCCUGCAACGUCAUCGUGAACGGCACGCGCGCCGCCGCCGCCGCCGAGGGCGCCGAGAGCGCGGAGCCGCCGCCCGAGCAGCCGCCGCCGCCGCCCGCGCCCGCGCCCGACGAGCCGGCCGUGAGCGAGCUGGAGUCCGUCAAGGAGAACAACUGCGCCGCGCACGGCCGCCGCGACGCCGACGCGGCCCGGAAGCUGGCGGGCGACGAGGCCCCGGCGGCGGCGGCGGGCGACAAGUCGGACCCGAACCUCAACAACCCGGCGGACGAGGACCACGCGUACGCGCUGCGCAUGCUGCCCAAGGCGGGCUGCGUGAUCCAGCCGGUGCCCAGGCCCGCAGACAAGGCGGCCGUGGCGCCCCGCAUCGUGGCCGCGCCCCUGCUCGGCGCCGCGCCCGACGACCUGGAGCCUCCGCUCAAGAGGAGGUGCCUGCGGAUCCGGAACCAGAACAAGUGAGAAAGGAACACUUGCUCACAGGGUACCUUGCAUGGAGAGAGGGCGCGGAGCAAACCAUGUCACGCCAUCCAAUGACACCAGCUGGUCAGCUCACCACCCCCUCUGGCUCAAACUCAAGCAAAUGAAAACCGCUUCCUG